AGGGGUGAUAAACUGGAUUGUGCAAGGAUUAGGCAAAGUGGUUCCACAACCUGAUGACAAGCUCAAACAGCAGACAGAAUGCCAGGAGGUCACUGAGGUUCCAAAAGUGGUGCCAGAGGUAAAGGUGGAGCAAACUAUGGUUAAGGAGAUUAAAAUGGAGCCUGAGCCUCCUCCUCCUCCUCCUCCUCCUCCAGUCCCUGUGGUGGAGGUGAUUCCCGAUGAAGAAGCUGAAGGAGACAAUUCCAUAACCCCAAGGGUGAUGGAGUGGAUAAAGCAAGGUCUUGAGAAGGUGGUUCCACAGCCAGGACACACCACACCAUCUACUACAGACACUUCAGAUAAAAAGGAACCUGCUACAGAUACCGCACCUCCGCCUCCAAAGGCACCUGAAGUCUCAGUAGCUGAGGAAACCUCCAGGGGAUCAACCAUGGAGGAGGAAUCCAAUGUGGUUGGCUGGAUUGUGCAGGGACUCGGUCGCAUUAUGCCACAGCCUGUUCUGAAACCAAAAGAGGACACGUCGGAUACCGUUCAGAGCAUCUUCAUCCUGCAGGAGGACUUUGUGCAGGAGGAGAACCUGGUUCUGGAGAGGGACAUGGUGCUGGAGGAGGUGGUCUCAGACUGGGAGCAGCAGCAGGUGGAGCAGAGCUGUUUGGAGAAACAGGCUGAAGUUCAGGUUGAGGAUCAUACUCAACCUCUGCAGGACACCCUACACUACACCACACCUAAUAUGCUGUUCAUGCAGCAGGAGGAUGCUGAGACACAAACAGAGCGCUGGACUCCUUUGAUAGAGAACAUUAGACGCGAGGCUGAGGAAGCCGCUUUGGUCUCUUUGCAAGAGAGGCUGGAGCGUGAGCAUCUGGAGGCGGCGAGGAUGGCAGAGGUGCUGGCACGUCAGGCUGCUGAACUGGCAGUGAGACAGCUGGAGGAGGAACACACUGUAAUCAGAGUUACAGAGCCAGAACCCCUCUCUGAACCAGACAGUGGAGAGUUACUCUCCAACAUCCAGGAGGAAGAGAACGAAGAUGACCCAGAAGCAGACAUUAAGAGGUGUCUGGUGGAUGUGUGCCCUGUUGAGGAGCUUAAAACACAAAAGGAGGAGUCACCAGAGCAACCUCCUCCAAAGGAAUCCACACCUAAAAGUCAAGCUGAGAUAGUACACACUCCACCAUUAGAGCCAACUGUUCAAGCAGAACCUGAGGGAGAAGAUCCUGCAAAAGAAAAGAGCCCUUCACCUGUACUGACUCCAGUUGUACCCUCAGCUGUUUCAUGUCCCUCUCCUCCAGCUGUUAUACAGGAAAAUGAGGCACUUAAAGAGGAAUGUGGAGAAUGUCCUCAUCUGAAUGUAGAGGAAGUUGAUGACGGAUCCAUUCCUACUGUGCCUCAAAUUGUUGAACCCCAGGAGUCAAACGGUGGCACCCUCACUAUUCCCAUUCCUGUGAUGGCCAACCAGAGCAAAGCAGUGCUUGUUGAGAGGGUUACCCAGCCAGAUGAACAAGCUGAAGAGAAAGAAAUGGAGAAAGAGGAAGAUCUGACCAGCCAGCGUGGCCUCCUCACUGUGGAGGAAGAAGAGCGUCCUCUUUCUUCGGCCAGUCAGACAAGUGUUGUGGUUAACGAGCGUCUGCAGGAGCUGAUCAAGCUGUUUAAAGAACGAACAGAGCGGACUAAAGAGAGGCUGAUUGACCCAGAUGAGUCUGAAGAAGAGAGUCCCACAGCAACACCUUCCAAAAAGGCCGUUGCUGCUCCACCUCCUCCACCUCCUCCGCCUCCUCCACCCGAGGAGAAGAAAGAUGUUCCUGCUGUUGGUGAGACCGAAGAGGAGCAGUUCCUGGAGUUCAUGGGCUACCAAGUCAAAGUGCCCAAGAUACCACCGAUACCAGACUGGAUGAGAAGCAUCAUAGAGUAUCGUUUCCCAUCCAGCAUCGAUCCUUUCACUGAUAUAAUCUAUGUGGUGUGGCUGUUUUUCGUGAUGUGUGCAUGGAAUUAUAACGUGUGGCUGAUCCCAGUGCGUUGGGCGUUCCCAUAUCAGACUCCAGAGAACAUCCACCUGUGGCUGCUUGCUGACUAUUUCUGUGACACUAUCUACAUCCUGGACAUUGUGGUCUUUCAGCCCAGACUACAGUUCGUUCGUGGGGGAGAUAUAGUGUGUGAUAAAAAGGAUAUGAGGGAACAAUACAUGAAAACAGAACGAUUUAAGAUGGACAUGAUCAGUCUGUUUCCCCUGGAGGUUCUGUACUAUUUCACAGGAGUUAAAUCCAUUUUGCGCUUCCCACGUCUUUUAAAGUACAUGGCAUUCUUUGAAUUUAACGAUCGUCUGGAAGCGGUGAUGAAAAAAGCAUACAUUUACAGAGUGAUCCGGACCAGUGCGUACUUGCUGUACUCACUACACUGCAAUGCCUGUCUGUUCUACUGGGGCUCUGAUUAUGAAGGCCUUGGCUCCACUAAAUGGGUCUACGAUGGCAGAGGCAACAGUUACAUCCGCUGCUACUAUUUUGCUGUAAAAACCCUGAUCACAAUUGGAGGCCUCCCAGAUCCCACCACGGUCUUCGAAAUCGUCUUUCAGCUGGUCAAUUACUUCGUUGGUGUGUUUGCUUUCUCGAUCAUGAUUGGUCAGAUGAGAGAUGUUGUAGGAGCAGCUACUGCAGGACCGGCGUACUACAGGUCGUGUGUGGAUAGCACAGUAAAGUACAUGACUGCUUAUCGCAUCCCAAGGGAGGUUCAGAACAGAGUCAAGACCUGGUAUGACUAUACGUGGCAAUCGCAAGGCAUGCUGGAUGAACAGGAAUUGCUCAUCCAGCUUCCUGAUAAGAUGCGUCUGGACAUCGCCGUGGAUGUAAACUACACCAUUGUCAGCAAAGUGGCCCUCUUCCAAGGCUGUGAUAGACAGAUGAUUUUUGACAUGUUGAAGAGACUGAAGUCUGUGGUCUACCUCCCUGGGGACUAUGUGUGUAAGAAGGGUGAGAUCGGCAGGGAGAUGUACAUCAUCAAGGCCGGAGAGGUGCAGGUGGUUGGAGGCCCCGAUGGUAAAACUGUGUUUGUGACUUUGAGGGCUGGAUCUGUGUUUGGGGAAAUCAGCUUGCUUGCUGUAGGGGGAGGGAACCGGCGCACAGCUAAUGUGGUGGCACAUGGCUUUGCUAACCUCUUCAUUCUGGAUAAGAAAGACCUCUCUGAGAUCAUGGUGCAUUACCCUGAGUCCCAGAAAAUACUACGCAAGAAGGCUAAGAAGAUGCUAACGAAAGAUAAGAAACCUCCAGAAGAGAAGGGUCCGGAUAAGGAGACUGGUCAGGUGAUUCCAACACGGCUUGAGACUCCCAAACUGUUUAAGGCCGCCCUGCUGAUGGGCAAAGGAGAAACGUUCGCCAAACUGAAAGAGACAUACAAAGAGAGUGAAGCCACGCUAAAGACAUCCGGCAGCAUGACCACCACAGCAGCGCCCGUUCCCCCUCCCUCACCCAUUCAUCAUCGCUCACACGUCCAGCGCACAGUCACGCAGGAUGACGAAGACAUACUGGCAGAGACCACAGACAGCACGAUGAUCGUCCGCAUAACCGCACACCAACAUGGAGAGGAGAUCCUCAGUGUUGAAAUGGCAGAAGAGGAAGAAGAUGGGAAUGUGAAGGAGACCGAGCAGGAGGAGAAGAAAGAAGAAUAGAAGUUGAAAGAAAGGAUGAGGACGCAAGGCUGGGAAAUGGCCUGUUAUUAUAAUGCUUUUUACUAUUAUAGGGAAAUAUUUGCAAAAUGAAUCUAAUUCUAAACCAAAGCGGGAUUUGUUAUUUAAGUACAAUUUGUAAUGCUUUUCUGUUUUAAAGUCAUAACUGGUUUUUAAAUUAGAUUUACAGAAAGGAGAUGCCAUUGUGACAGCGAGUGAUUAUUGUGAGUGAUUAUUGUACCUGAUUUCUUUUAAACUGCUAGACUUGUCUUCCGUUAUAGCCCAAGCUGGAUUUAAGCACUGAAAUACAGCAAAGUGACAUACAGUAUAUGUCAUAGUUUUGCUAAGAGCAAGCUUCCAUACUUGUGUAUAGUGCUACAUGUGCACAGAUGCACAGGUUUCAGUAUUUGAGCAUGUAAGGCAAAAAAUACUGUGAGAAAAAUACGUUUGGGAUUUAUAUUUUUUUAAUUACACGGCAAAAUUCUAUUUUCAAAUAUACUCGGAGAAGUGAUGUACAUGAAGAUGCAGUAAUGAAGUAACAGCUGUGUGUGUGCGUUAGAGAAAACAAGCGUCUUUAACACAGUUGUGUUCAAAUUGUUCUCGUUCUUCGUUUUCGUGUGAGAUCUUUUUAGACAUUGUAAAUAUCAUGAACAUUAGGUACAAAGUAAUAAGUAACCUGCUAUAAAUAACAUGAGUAUAUGAUUGGUUUUUAUGAAAGAUGUUAUAAUGAAAUUGAACAAUGGCAGCAAUGGUGUAUGCACAAUAUUAAUAUUCUAGAGCUCUGGGAUAAAUGGGAUAUAUUUCAGUAUUUGUUUUUGUUAUCAUAUUGGGUAAUUUGCCAGUGUAAAUGAUCUUUGUGGUUCUUUUCUUAGAGAGAG